UUCAAAUGAAGAAAAGUUCACCGUUCAACUAUUCACUUUAUGUUGAAUCAAUUCUGAAAGUGUUGUAACGAGUUGGGUGCACUUUAAGGAAUUAGAAGAAAUAAGAAUAUAUAAAUUGGCGAAGCUGUAAUAAUUAUAUUGGAAGCAGUCUGAGUCAGACACUGGCGCCAAAUGCCCCAUAUGGAAGAAGAAAUGGCGAAUGACUCGAGUUCUUCGUUCGAUAGCAACAGUUCUAUAUUUUCUAACUCUAACCAGAAUUAUUCGAAUUCAAACGACCUAGAAUGGAGAGACCUAGAAUGGAGACUUGGUAUUGACAUAACCAUCUUUGUCGUUGCUGUUAUUGGUAACUUUGCUGUCCUUGUGGUCAUUUACACUACCAGAGAACGACGAAAGACACCAUUCGAGAUCCUAAUUGCUAACCUCAGUGUAGCUGACGUCCUAUCCGUGUUGCUAUACUUUAAAUACCUUAUUUACUUCAACAUACCACGUCCAAAAUGGUAUUGCAAACUUGUAGUGCCAUUUUUCUCCAGUACCCAAAUGGUGAGCGUGCUUACAAUGACGACUAUUGCAAUAUUCCCAUGUCGAUCCAUUGUUCAUCCUUUCAAAACCAAGCCCUCCACCAAGUUAACGUAUUCCACUGUGGCAGGACUGUGGCUUGUGGCAAAUAUUUGUCUCAUUCCAGAUUAUUUAGUAAGGGAACAAUAUCAAGGAAGGUGUAAAGAAAUCUGGCCAUCAGAGCUAUUAAACAAGGUCUACACAGUCUCUUUAUUCGUUGUGCAGUACAUGAUACCUUUGACUAUUAUCGCCAUCUCUUACACUAAGAUCAUCUUGUAUUUAAAACGAAACAAAGUUCCCCAGUGUGGUUUAACCAGUGACAGAAUAAAGCAGCUCAAAAUGACGCGAAAGAGAGACAUGGAAGUCAUCAAAAUCUCUCUUAUUAUCGUACUUUUGUACACUAUUUCUACCUUACCAAUUCACAUGGCUUGGAUACUCUUGAUUGUUUUUGAAAGCAACCACAUGUCAAGCUUGAUUUUUAAGUUUUCUCCUCAGUUGUUAUUGCUUCAUUCCUGUUGUAAUCCCUUCGUUUAUGGCACAAUAUCUCGUGAAUAUCGCUCUCGAUUCGUUCAGGUGCUUUGGAGCAUUUUAUGUUGCGUGUGCAAAAUAAGGAGGACUCAAACGGGCGUGUUACAAACAGAACAAGGGCAAAUGAACAAUGCCUGUGAAGACUUGGAAAUGAUUGAGAUAAAAGGUUAUGUAAAAAGAGAUAAAGCUGCAACCGAACCUGCUACCGAUCGACCGACCGAAGAGCGAACCAACAAAGCAACCAUCUAACCAAUCAACUGAACUAGGAAGAUUAACAAAGCAAUGACCAAAAGCGACCGAGCGACCAAGCAACUACGUAGUGUCAUCGAACAUAAGUGAAGAACUAAACGCUAUAAUCGAAUGAACUAAACAAAAGCAACACUGUAAUGGCAAAUAACCUUAAAACUUGAAUUGUCAGGUAUUAAGAUUAACUUUCUUUGAUACAGUCAAUGCAAGAGAAAAUGAACUAGUUGAUAUUCUCUUGGUCAAUGUCAUUGACGUUGUCCACCGAAAAAAGACAUUUAUGUA